AUGUGUUUGCAGGAAUUGAGAUUAUUGGUUGUAUUGCAGCAGAGAGCAAUAGCUGACAGCAAUAUUGUAUUUGAACAGAAUAUUGUACUCGAUUGUUUUCAGGUGAAAGAGAAGUUCCUAUUCAACGAGAACUUGCGUCCCGUCACCUGGAGUAAGUCGACGCCAGCUGAUAACACCAGCUGCACUGUCAGUGGAUGGGGAGUGCAGGAAUUUAAUUCGUCACAACCAUCAUCUAAACUGAAAGCAGCGCAAGUUACAAUUGUGAACGUGAAUGAGUGCUCGAAAAACUACUCGGUGAUAAGUCACAGUUUAAUUAUCAAUCCCAAAUCAAUGUUCUGUGCUGCCGAUCAAUCAUUCUCGAAGGAUGCUUGCCAAGGAGACUCAGGGGGACCACUGGUUUGUAACGGAACAGUGGCCGGAGUUGUCUCGUUCGGCUACAAAUGCGCUCACCCCGGUUUCCCAGGUGUCUACACCAAUGUGGCCUAUUUCGACAAAUGGCUGCGAGGAAAUGUUGGCUCAAACCUAAGACAUUACUACCUCACAACGCUUUUCCUCCCAAUUUUUGUCCAGAUGAUUUAUAAUAACUGAAUAAAGAUGUGUUUUCAUAGUGAAAAU